AUGAACCUAUUUAGGACACUGGUAGUCGCUAUUUGCGCCAUCAUUAUUUUGGUAAAUCAUCAUCCAGAUGAAGACAGUGUUGAGCCCCUGCACGAUCUACUACUCGGCUAUCAGAAAGAGGCGCUGAGGUCACACUAUGGUGAUGCACGAUUGUUUAACCAUACCGAGACAAGGCAGAUCUACAAUCUGGUACUUUCAGAAGCGCAGAAUGCCAUCCUCAAUUCACACGAGGAUGCUGAUCGAAAGGCGUACACCUGCUCAAAGAUUCGUUCUCAAGUUCGUCAGUACGCGCGCUCUCGAGAUGGGACAUAUAAAGGUCCUUGGACGGAAAUUGUAUUGCAGCUGCGUGAUGGCUAUGUACACGGCAUCAAAUACCUACCCACAGCACUCAGAAAAGAUGUGUCGGAUUCGCUGGCUCUUCAGAAGCCAACCCUUUUAAAUACUGCGACAGUUCUGAGGCAAACAUACUACUGCUUGGCACCAACACUGAGCAGGGGUGAAUGCCCGUCAUACACCUUUUUACGUGUUAUUAGAGGGAAAGGUGACACUGCCAUUCUUGAAUCUUGCUUGAGAAGCAACAAAGGAUUCAAUGGGAUAUAA